UUGAGAACUACCCAGGCAAGAUUCAUUUUUUUUGUCCUUGUCCCUCUUUGGAGUAGGUUUGUGUGCAUUCCAUUAAACAGAUCCCAGGAACAGGGGACAUGAUCAUUAUGUUCUGGAUGUUGGAAAACACUUGGGCCAAGAUCCUGUGGAGGAGAGCAAGAAGCUGUAGGUCAUUCUCAGAGUAUGCUGGAUGUCUCAAUUUUAUUUUUAACUAAAAAAAAUCCUUUCUUAGUUUUUACAAAAAACGUGAUGACCAUUUAGUUAGGUCCUAAUUAUAUUCUCAAGCAUGCUCUUGCUCAAAAUUUCACUAGUGUGGAUGGUUUAAUGAGAAUUGUAACAGUUAUGGCUUAGGAUAGCCACAUAUCUUGCUGCUCUCCACACUGUGAGUGCUCUCACAGGUUGUUCCCUGUCCUCUGUGGGAUAUAAUCUGUUUAUGGGCUGCCUGUGCUCUGGGGUUAUAUCCCUUUAGCUGUAUUUGGAUGUGUGGCUGAAGUGAGAUAGCUUCUGCAGCUGGAGCAGUCCUGGUCAGUCCCUGUUAGCUGCAUGUGUGAAUUUUAUGGAUUACACCAAAACAGGAAACAAGUUGUGAUUGUAUCAGAAAUCCAUCUUUACGUGUGUUUCCAGAUUCUGUCAUUGCUACAGUGUCCAGCACCAGCAAACGCAUUUUGAGUGCAUUUUCUAUCAAGUGAAAUUGCAGAUUUAUCCUUUUCUGAGUCUCUGUGUAAUCACAUAUACAAUCAUUGCAUUCAAGCUUUCAAAAAUUUCUGAAGGAAAAAAAAAAUCCCCCAAACAUUUCACAUAAUCUAUUCAAAAUAAUUCUAAUUAUUUUUCUCAUGUAUGUUCUAUUUUCUGUUUAUUUUAUGACCUGUACAGUGUAUUUUUACUCUGGACUGUCACCACUUAUUUCCUUGUCAUCUCAUAAUUAAAGUAUCCACAGGAAAACUUCAGUGUAGGUUUUACUGUGUUUUCUUUACAUACUCUCCAGUUCAGUGGUGAAAGGCAGAGCUCAGUCAGGGUGAAUAUGGGAAAUCACAGGGUAAAGAAGUGGCUGUUGUGCUGCACUGAGAUUUUGGAGGCUCAGAUAAUUUCUCACUGAUCUCCCCAGUGGGUUUUUUAAUCUGUGCUUUUGUGUUUUGCUGGGCUGAAAUUUUUCUUGUUACCAUUUCCCAUGUCCUGAUAGAAAACCCAAUAAUUCUUCACAUUUUGAGUACAUUGUUGUUGUUAGGGUUGGUGGGGAUUUUAUUUUAUAUUUGGAAAUUUCACUUUGGCAUGUAGAAAGUCAAGCUGGUAUUAAGUACUUACAGCUUUGAUUUGUACUCUUAAUACAAUUUGUAAUAUUUGGGUUAAAUAAAAAUAGUAUUUUAAAACUAAGCCCUUGCAGUCUUCCAUGAUAGGAGUGAAAGGAGUUUAGAAUGAAUGAAAUAUGAAUUUAAUUUAUUUUAAAUGCUUUAGUCUUAUAAAAUGGUUAAUCUUCUGGAAGCUGUUAUUUCUUCUUCAGAAUUUUGCUUUCCAACUGUAUUUUUUCUGUGCUGUAAAUGCAGUGCUCUAAUAAAGCCCUAAUAAUUCUGAUUAUUACCAAGUUUGGGAGUGUGGAGGAGCAAUUCAAUUUCCUGGAAAACAGUAACUCUUUGGUGAAAUUAAGCCCUGUGUUAGUGGCUGAGGGUGAAUAAUCACAGAACCACCAGUGUGGCAGUGGAACUGCCUGUUCUAAUGGCCAUGCUAAUGUCCUGAAUGAAGCAGUCCAAAUUGUAUUUCAGAAUAUUAUGUCGUGGUCUGGGAGCCAAAUGUUGCCUCUGCAAAACUGGCACAUAUGUGAAAGCUUACUGUAAAGCAGAUUAAUAUUUUUAUUUUGGUCUAAGUAAGACCAAAUGCAAUUUUUUUUUGUGUGAAAUUAAAAAUGUUGCAAAUGUUACUUCCCUUGCAGCAGCAGCAGCUGGUUACUUCACUUCUCACCUGUUCAAAGAGUCUGUAGGUUUAAAAAUUAGAAGUCUCAGAGGGGUUUAUUUUGCCACAGCUCAGUGCUGUACAAAAUGUAAAACAACUUAACUGCUUUUCUAAGCAAGAGGAUUCCAAGAGCAAGGAGAAAAAGCUGCUGAUGGAGUUCUUUCAUUUGCUUAUUUGAUGCCAGAUGUUGCCAAAAUGUUUUACCCAGACCAUUUUAUGUCUCCCCAAGAGAGCUGAACACUGAAAUAUUCACACUUGUAGCAGUUCUUCACUUUGUUCACUGAGGUGCUUUCAUGCCAGAACUGUGGAAUGUGGGGUUCAUUGGGGAGAACUGGGGGUGGGAUAGAAAAUAAAAUGAUGGCACCACAGCUCUGGAAAUGCCAAUUUUGUUGUUAUGGAGCUGUGGCACGUUUUUGUGAAGUUGGUAACUUGGCAGUAACUUGGUUCCCUUGCCACUGUAUGGCACUGAGAGGCAAAAGUUGGUGACAGAAAAGGAAAUAAAAGUUAGAUCUUGUUCUUGCAUGGCUGGUUCUCAUCCUUCACAGGAUCACAUUGUUUGGGGUUUGAUGUGGCAGCUGCUCCAGGCCAUGGUGUUCUCAUUUUUUAGUACCUGGGUGUACAAAAGAGGUACUUGCUGUUAAACCUGAGGGCUGUUUAGGUACACAGAGAGUCAAAAGGUGACUUUUGAAAAUAGGAGCUGAGCACAAUGAUCACAAACUGUCCCUUGUCCUGCUGCACCCAGGGAUCUGCAGCUGAUGGGAAAAUCAGGCAAAAAAAUAGGAUAUGGCAGCUUCCUUCUGGGAUACUGAAAGGAGGAUCCAUUUCUUUUAAACCUCCAAAUUCCAGUUUUUAUUUUAUUGGUGAGGUUUUGGAAUUGCCUGUGUUUUUUCUUGAGGGCAGAAGAAGCUAGGAAGUGUGGCUGUACUUCACAUCCUGCUUGGUUUUUUAUGAGUUACACAGCAAACAAAGCAAAGGGAAAAGGAUAGUAUCAUACUUGCUGAAAAAUAAAGUCCAAGCCUUUUAUAUUCCAGGGAAACAGAGGCAAUUAGAGGACAGAAAUUGUCUCUUUGCAUGUGUUUAACAUGCCUAGAGAACGGGGGAAUGAAAAUGUGUGCUGUGUUGUAUGAUUUUGUAACCAAAGAACCUCCAGGUCAGUCUGUGAUCACUUCAUUUGUGUUUUCUAGACCAUUUUUAUGUGGUCUAGGCUAUGAUAGUGGCAAUACCAAAAGGAAGAUUACCUGGUUAUCUUUUUCAUUAUUAUUUUGAGGUGUUGAUAUCAGUAGCUUAAUUCUUAGUCCUACUGAAAUUUGCCAUGAUGAAUAUGUUUGAGCAGGGUUAUUCUGCCAGCUUUAAAAUGAUUCAGCAUCUUGAGAAUGACUCUAAGAUAAAGUAAAUAUGUUAAUUUAUAAGAAAGGCAGGAUUCUUCUUAUUUAAGAGCCUAUCAGCAGUUGAGUUGUGCAUUUUAGUGUUGCAGAGGGGAAAGGAGAAUAAGCAUUCACAUGGAGCAUAUGGCUGUUCCUUGAGAAACUUCAACAGACCUUAACCUCUUGGAAAACCUGAUUUACCUGGUACUGGGCAAAUAUUUAUUAUCUAAAUUACCUGAAUAUUCCAUGUAACAUGAGUGUCUUCCUGUCUGUUGGUCCUUGCAUGCCACCUGCUCACCUGGACCAAGUAGUUCAGCAUGGUGCAGCUCACAGCAGUAGGUGAUGGGUUUCUGUCUUCCACAUUGUACAUCAGUGGGAUCUCUGCUGGAACAAGAUAAUGUCUUCAGCUCAUUGAAGGAAAGGGAAUAUUUGUUCACACUUAUGAUGAUUUGACACAAUUAAUGUCUUAAUAACCAUGAUGGCAACACAGACAUUAAGUAUAGACAACUAUCAAGAUGGACAACAGAUGCAAGUGGUAACAGAGUUAAAAACUGAACAAGAUCCCAACUGCUCUGAAACUGAUGCUGAAGGGGUGAGUCCUGCCCCUGUGGAAUCUCAAACUCCAAUGGAUGCAGACAAGCAGGCCAUUUACAGGCACCCACUAUUUCCCUUGUUAGCACUAUUAUUUGAAAAAUGUGAACAAUCUACACAAGGCUCAGAAGGCACAACUUCUGCCAGUUUUGAUGUAGAUAUUGAAAACUUUGUAAGGAAGCAGGAGAAAGAAGGAAAACCUUUUUUCUGUGAAGAUCCAGAAACUGAUAAUUUGAUGGUAAAAGCAAUCCAAGUUCUGCGUAUCCAUCUGCUGGAGCUAGAAAAGGUUAAUGAACUCUGCAAGGAUUUCUGCAGUCGUUACAUUGCCUGCCUGAAGACAAAAAUGAACAGUGAAACUCUAUUAAGUGGGGAGCCUGGAAGUCCUUAUUCACCUGUGCAAUCUCAGCAAAUUCCAAGUGCCAUUGCAGGCACACUCAGUCCCCAAGGGAUCAUGGUGCCAGCAUCAGCAUUGCAGCAGGGAAAUGUAACUAUGGCAACAGUAGCAGGGGGGACAGUGUAUCAACCAGUCACUGUGGUCACUCCACAAGGACAAGUGGUGACACAGGCACUGUCACCUGGCACUAUUCGGAUCCAGAACUCCCAGCUCCAGUUGCAAUUAAACCAAGAUCUGGGCAUCUUGCAUCAAGAUGAUGGCUCAUCAAAAAAUAAGAGAGGAGUUCUUCCCAAGCACGCUACAAAUGUGAUGAGAUCUUGGCUUUUUCAGCACAUAGGGCAUCCAUAUCCAACAGAGGAUGAGAAGAAGCAGAUUGCAGCACAAACAAAUCUGACACUACUCCAGGUUAACAACUGGUUUAUCAAUGCUAGAAGGCGAAUUCUUCAGCCAAUGCUGGAUUCCAGUUGUUCUGAAACUCCAAAAACAAAGAAGAAAACAGCCCAGAACCGACCAGUGCAGAGGUUCUGGCCUGACUCCAUUGCCUCAGGAGUUGCUCAGCAGCAAUCGAACGAGCUCACGAUGUCAGAUGGUGCUGUCGUGACCAUCACAGCUCCAGUGAACAUGAACGUGGACAGCCUGCAGUCCUUGUCCUCGGAUGGUGCCACCCUGGCUGUGCAGCAGGUGAUGAUGGCAGGGCAGAGCGAGGAUGAGUCUGUGGACAGCGCUGAAGAGGAUGGGGGAGACCUCUCAACAGCAAACAUCAGUGGGCUGGUGUUGGAUAACAGCGACUCUCUGCAGUAGGAAGCCAGAGAGCCUGGAGAAAAACACUUAGGAAAAAGAACGGACUGACUGACUGACUUUUUAUAGUUUGCACAGCAAACAUUUUACACAAGUUUUAUUUCUAAUAUGUUUUAUAUGUAGAUAUAGAAGGGUGCACUUUUUUGUAUUUCAUAGUAAGCUUAAAGAGUGUUUUUGCAGGUGCAGCAACUUCUUUCAAAUGUGUUUUGGUUUUGUUUUGGUUUUUUUUUUUCGUUUCUUUUCCUUAUUUCAGAAAAUUAUAUCUAGUAAUAUAAAGAACCACGUAAGCACCCCUUUGUUCUCUGAAUUGGAAGUGCUGCAGUUUCUGAUGAAUUAUGCAGUUUCAAUUAGUGCUGUUAUUUAACACAGCUUUUGAUGGGCAGGUGAUGUAAAUUUAAAGCAUGUGACACUAGUGUGUGAAACUUGAUUAUUGAGUUAGAUGCAUAUAUUUGAAAGAUGCUUCUGCACCUUAAAAACUGCUAGUCUGAGGUGGACAGCAACACACAUAAAAAAGAAACUGUUGAUGUGUGAUUCAGUAGAGAAUGUAUGGCAAUUUAAAUAAGUUUAGUUUCUCUCAUAGUCCAUGAGCCUGUUUAUCAUUUGCUAUAAAAACUCCUAUUUUUACCUUGCUGGGGUUAUUGGAUAAAAAAAAAUAUUUUUAUAAAUUCACUAGAAAUUGGGAUGACAACUGUAUUAAGCAGGAGGAAAAAAAAAAAAAGAGAAUUUCCAGAGGGGAAAAAUAAAUGUUUAGUAUUCCUAUUUGGAAGGUCUGAAAAUUGACCCAAUUUAAUAAACAAGCCUACAGUAGCAUUCUAUGAUUCUCAGCUAUCCCACAGUGAUAUACUAUAUUUGAUAAUAGGUAAGAAGGGCCCACUGUUUGAUGGGAUUUUGAUAUUGUCAAACAUUGAUUUAUAUUAUGUGUAAACUAAUAUUCAAAUUGCAUAACUCUGUAUCUAGACUUGUAUCUGAAAAUAUUUGCUAAAUGAGUAUUCAGGUAAGUAAGUUCAAAUACCCACAACUUUUCCAAUUAUUAGAGAAAUUUAACAGUUUAUAGUUUGUACAACUGAAUCUAAAAAAAAUGAAAAGUUGCCUACUAUACAGUCAUGAAUUCUGCUAUUUUAUUGCAUUUGAAAUAUUUUCCCCUAAUACAAAAAGAAAAAUAUAACAUGGAUUUAUAUAAAAUUUCUUCAGAUCUGAAGUUUACUACCAGAAUAUACAGCAGGCUUUGUUAGAGUAGGAAAUCCUUGUGUGUCAUUUAAAAAACGAAGAGCUGUUGAUGAAAACAGCUGGGGUUUGGUUUGGUUUUGUUUUGGGAUUUUAUUUUUUUUUUUGUUGUGGUAACAGUUCAUUUCUUUUAUUUUCCCAAAGUUUGAAGUCUGUGAUUGUCUAUCCAUGAACACUUGCUUUUCCAUGGAACUUUGUAUUUCCCAUUGUUGAGUACAAAUAAGAGACUCAAGAACCUCAUGGUAUGAUCAACACCCUCCUUUGUCCCUGUCCAUUUGUCACAGUGCUCACAGCCAGAACUUCCUUCUGAUUUAUUCCAAAUCUGGGAAUGUUGGGUUUCUAACAUGACAGGGAGAAGCCUUUAGAGUCUUCAAACACUCUAUGUGAACAAAGCCCUUGGGCAGAUACAAAUAUUGCAUUGAAUACCUAAUUUCUGCUCCCCAGAACACUCAAGCACAUGCUGAGGUCCCCUUGGUUUCAGGAGGAUGAAGGAAUUCACUGCUGGACAUUGCUUGGAUUGUCUUCCAAGGCAAGGCUGAGCUGCCAGGAAGAAAAGCUUCAGGAAGAAAUUCCAUUGCCAUACACACAUGGAGAAUAACACAAGCUGGGAGUUUGGGGUUUUUUAAAUGGUUUUUACUCAACAUAAGAGGUAUUGCAGCUCUGGCUCUCACCUGGCUGAGCAUGUUCCUCAGUUCAAGUGCUGUAAUGAUCUGCUCCACUGGACUGGUGAUUUCUAAAGAAUUUGUUUCCUUCUGACUUCUCUGCUUUGCUACUGAUGUGCCAUGUUUGUUAAACAGUGAAUGAAUAAUGAAAGAUGGAAUUAGGAAGGUUUUGAUAGCAUGGCUAUCUCAAAAGCUGUUGUCAAAUCCAGUGUGACCCCAAAGACAAACCCUGUACAAAUCCUGCUCCUUUGGAAGCAUUCAGCCCACUGCCCCUACAAAAGUUAUUUUAGAUUACUGGAACCAGAUGCUGUAUUUUUGUUUUUAUUUGUUUUUAACUCCAGAAGUGCUUCAUCACCCCCACCAUGUCCAUUCAAUAGCAGGUUAUAUUUGUUGGUUUGUUUGGGGUUUUUAUUGGAAACAAGCAGGCCUCAAAACCUCAGGGUUUUCAAACUUCUGAAAGUUUAUUUUUCAGAAAGAAGCCAUUUUAUAGUUACCUUUUUUUUUUUUUUUUUUAAUAAUUAUUAUCCCCACCUUUCAUGCAGCAAUUCUAUUCUUCCAAAACAUGACCUUGUCUUCAGCUACUUUACCACUUCCUGGAGGCUGAAGUUGACAGAAUUUACUGUAAAAGGGGAAUAUGUAAUAGUUUCACUGUCAGAUUAGAAACAUUUAAUAAAAUAGGAACUUGAAUUCCUAAAUCUGAAAAAGCUUCACCAAUGUAAAAGUAUUGCUUAACAUAAGAAACUCAAACCUUUUCUUUCAAUUCAGUGAGAAUUCUGCAGUGGGUAUGAACUGCAGGGAAGUGCUUGUUCUUUUCAUGAUUUAAAAGUAGAGUCUUUUUUUUUUUUCUGUGUAGGAAAAUUGCUGGUUUCAGCAAAGCAUCACCAUUCAGGAAAGGUACAUGUUUACAUUAGUUAAAAAGUAUUUAUAGGGGACCUAACUUCAAGUCUGUGUAUAGUUCCCUCCCUCCCUGCCCCCAAUUAAAGUCAUAUUCAUAUGCAAUAGAACUAAUUUGGUUUUUGAAUCAAUGUGAUUCUUCUGCAAAUACGAUUUUGAAACUUUUUUUUUUAAUCUAACCCAAACCAGGGUUCUCAGUCCAGUUUUUUCCAUAUCCCUGGAACAGGCAAGGCAAUUUUCUGGUUUUGUUUUGUUUUGUUUUAACAUUGGAAGCAUUGCAGUUCAGUAAAUCAAUUCCAAAAGGGUCAGGAUAAGUUUCUGAAUGACUGUUACAAAGAAAUAAUCAUGUUGGAAAAUACUCAGAAUCAACUCUGGCUCUGCAGAAGGUUUUCUACAUCUGGAUAUUGUGUCCCAGUGGAGUCCUGCUGCCCUCAGGGAAGCUCCAUACACAUCCAUGUCAGGCUGCAUUUACCUUUCCUGGUACCUGAUCUGUGGCAGAAUCUUUUGGAGACCCCUCCAGCUCCACCCUGCCUGCAUUCCUGGGUUUUCUUCCAGUGGAAACCUGGGUGUGGAUGAAGGGCUUGGCAGGGCAGAUUUCAGGGUGACCUGGAGUGCAACAAAUAUUUUUUUUUUUAUGUUCAAAGAUGCAGCCAGGAGCCAGACCCAGUGAGGAGCUGCAGAUCCCAUUCCUGUGCUUCCCAAGUAGCUUUGGGUUUGUGGUGUUGGAGUGGAAUGGGGGCAGAGGUGGCUCAAACCCCAGCUCCUGGCUGAGAUGGGCUCAGAUCAGGGGCCACUGCCACCCAGGGCACAGCUUGGAGCCCCACCUGGGCCAUUCACUGCACUCCCCGUGGGUCCCUUCCACCCCAAAUACAACGUGGAUUUGUUUCUGGAACAAUCACAAGUCCUCCUUCCUGACUUUAGGAACUUGGCAGCUCAUGGGAUGAAACAAAGCCUUUCCAAGGGAUGAUAGUUGCACUUAAAAACCCCCUCCAGAACACCCUGGUGUUUUGAAAAAUUGGAACACAUGCAUUUAAUUGUAAUUAAAAUUGAUUUAACAUUUUAUUUUCUGAAGUUGAGUCGUCUUGGGAGGAAAAAAAAAUGAGUAUGUCUAUGCAAGACACAAAUGUCAAAAAUGUGUGAAUUUCCCAUUUUUAGGUACUGUAUUGUUAUUGUCUUUCUGACUUCUGUUCCUUUGAUUAGUCUCUUCAACCUUUCAGCCUUACAUUUGGCUUAGAGUUGAACAGGCAAGAUGUAGUUUUGAAAUCCUGUUGGAAAUGUAACUAACCUUCGUUCCCUCAUGAAAAUCUCGCAUGUUAAACAAUUAAGUGAAAUGUUUUGGUUUCCUAAUAAUAAAUUCCAACUCUCACCACCUCCUGAAAGCAGCAUAUCCCUGCAUGUUGAACUGUGGUGUGCAAACCAUCCCACACCAGCUCUGCAGAGGAGCUGAGGACAAGAGCAGCUUCAUUUUGCCAAGCUCACACUCAGCGUGGGUUCCUUCCCCCCUCCCUGCCCUUGGCAUGCUGAACUCCUCCAGACCUUCUGUGUUCUUUAAUUUUCAAGUCCUGCAGUGACCUGAUGCUCCAGUGCAAAGUGCAGUGAGAUUGGCACUGAUGUGAUUUUCAGUGAUUGCCCAGGUCAGGUAAUUUGUUCAUUCCUGUCACCUGGAAAUACAAAAUCCGUUCCUUUUCCGUGACUAAGUUAUUUAGGACCUGCUGAAUAAUCAUAGCUGGUUUUGCCAGAGAAAAGCAAGGUGUGAGAAGGCAGGGAAAUGCCUUUCCAACCUUGCAGACACCCAUAAAGAUUGGUGUAAAUAAAAUCCAGUGUUUCAGGUGGUGACAGAAGCUGCCCAUAACCUGCCCAGGGAUUAGAGCACUGGGUCUGUACAAUCAACAAUCUUUAAAAUGUGAACCCUGCAACUUUUCUUUCCUUGGUUGUUAAGGGAUUUUGGAGCAACUGAAGUUAAAAAUGAGAAUAUGCUUCGUGGAUGAUUUGUUUUUACACUGCUGCUCUCUGUGAAAAGAAAAAGCACAUUUUGGAAGCAAAGCGUUUACAUUGCUUUAACAGUAUUGUUUGGCUGAAGGACAAAUAUGAUUUCAGGAAAUCUUGAGCAUAGUUUCAAACUGUUUAACCAGUUCUUGGCCAGGGAAAGUCCUUGGCCCUUGUAUUUGUUUGGAGUUUCUUGUUUAUGCAAAUGAAGAACAAUGUUUACUAGUUCUUACCAGUGUGGGGAUUUUUAUUACACUUUUGUAAUGCAGGAGCAGCUUUGGUGAAAGAAAGAAUUAGCAGGUAAAUAGUCCAUAAUGUUUGUGACUUUGGGUGGGGCUUUUUUUUGUUGUUAUUUCAAAAUUAUUAAUUAAAAUGGCAUGGACAUCAAACUUCAA